AUGGUGCCUAACGUCGGAGCGGGCGACACGAGCGAAGACGCCGUGCAGGAACUCAACAACACCGAGGCAGCAGCAGCAGCAGCGGAAACGCCCGAACCGUCGGGGGUGUCACCGGCGCCUACGCAGGGGCAUGUCCUGAACUGCCAGUUCGGUCGAUGGCAUCCGGUGUUCAAGCACUGCACACCGCGUAGCGUGGUACUGAAGCUCCCCGAAGAUGUGGUGCGGUACCUCCAGCAGGAUGGCGUGGUGCUGCCGAAGGGCUUCCAGAUGUCGUGCGGGGAAGGGGUGCGGGAUGACAGCGACGACGAGGUGGACUGGGGAAACGAAGACGAGGAUGAACAAGAUAGGCCAGACUUCCCGGACCUUCACGCGCUGCUGAGCGACGCGAUUGCUUCUUUGGGGGGAGCGGUGUUUCCCAAACUCAACUGGAGCUGCCCGAAGGACGCGGCGUGGGUAAACGGAGGGAGCCUAAAGUGCAAGCUGCCAGGGGACGUGCUCUGCCUGAUCAAGAGCUCCACCUUCAUCUCGCAUGAUCUCAACCAUGCGUUUGACGCGUGCACGGGCUCGAGCAUAUCUCGACCGGAAACAUUUACGCUGGUCUUGCGGAAGUGGUGCAACCUCCACCCCUCCAUGCUCUUCCGGUGUUUCGUCAGAGAGAGGCGGCUUGUGGGUGUUUGCCAAAGAGACUGCACGAGCUACUACGGGUUUCUAGAGGAAGAGGCGGACCGGCUGUCGACGUUGCUGGAGGAAUUUUUCGCGGCGGAAGUGUGCAAGAAGUUCGCAGACCCUGACUGCGUGGCGGACGUGUACGUGGACAACCGCUCUCGAGUGUGGCUCCUGGACAUGAACCCCUUCUCGGGGGUGACGGACUCGCUCCUGUUCGACUGGUCCGAGGAUUCUCUGGCCGCCCCUCUCCCCCCACGCCCGCCGACGCUUGACCGAGGAGAGGAAACCCUCCCGCCGGGGGUUGCCAUGCGGAUACACUUCGACCCCUCGUCUACACACGGAGACCAGGCGAGUUCCACGCCUUCUGGAACCGUUGCAGCGCGAAGCAAUGACCCGAGUGACUCGCAGCAAGGGCCGCCUGGGGGGCGGACAAGGGCAACAGGCGUUCUCGAGAGAGCGACGGGGAUUACGCUGGCCGGGGGGGGGGAGGGGAGGGACUUCGAGUUUCGGUGCGUGCCGUCCAGCUUGCACAUGGUGCCGGACCCGAUGGGGCGAUAUAGGGGCCCCGCGGAUGUGGGGAUGGGGACCCUUGCGUGCGGCACCGGGGGCAACGGGGGUCUCGAGCUCGAGGACUUGAUCGAGUCGUGCCGCCUUGCGGAAAAGGAUGAUUGA